UCGCUGGUCGUGUUCCGCUCCCGCAGAUCGUCGCCGCUCGCGAACGUUCAGCCAGUGCGCGGUCCCGCGAGGGACGUCAUGAGCGUCUUACUGCCCAACAUGGCGGACUUUGAUACCAUUUAUGAGUUGGAAGACGAAGAGGAUGAGCGCGUAGCGAGCGAGGACCACCUGCCCAGAUACUGCCAGGAGCCCGUGGUGAUGCGAGGGGCCGGGCACAUCACAGUGUUUGGACUGAGCAACAGAUUUGACACAGAAUUUCCCUCUGUUCUCACGGGAAAGGUAGCACCAGAAGAAUUCAAAACCAGCGUCAGCAGGGUGAACGCUUGUUUAAAGAAGAACUUGCCGGUGAAUGUGAAGUGGCUUCUUUGCGGCUGCAUGUGCUGCUGCUGUACAGUAGGCUGCAGUCUGUGGCCCGUUAUCUGCCUCAACAAGAGAACAAGACGGUCUAUUCAUAAAUUGUUAGAGUGGGAGAAUAACCGGUUAUACCACAAGCUGGGGCUGCACUGGAAACUCAGUAAACGGAAAUGUGAAAGCAGUAAUAUGAUGGAAUAUGUCAUUGUUAUAGAUUUCUUACCCAAGUAUCCUAUAUUCCGACCGGACUGAGGAGGCUCCCAAGAGAACGGACGCGUGGCCCUUGAAUCUUGUCCUUAGUGCCUUGUAUAUACAGUUUGUGGGAAUAAGGGUCUGCACCGGUGUGUCCCGGGACGACCCCGUACAUCUCCCAGUACCUUGUACGUUAGAAUUUGCAACACUGUCACUUUUGCUUUAGAGCAGAUUUUGCACAUUUACUCGACAGAACUGUACACCCCCCCCCCCUUUUGCACUUGAUGUGUUUUUUGUUACAUGUGACAAACAAGUGAAACUCUCAAAGUGCAUUUAACCCCAAAGAAACCAUCAGCUUCUCCCAUGACACUAAUCCCUUGCAAAGAAUGUGAUGCCUCCACCUUCCUUAACUGCCCUUGCCUUAUGUAUGUCUUUUCUUUUUUAGAAAUAACUCGAUGUGGGAAGGAGGGGCACCGGGUGAUUCAACGAGUCGGUAGAUUUAAAAGCUGCUUCUUGGUUUACUCUUUGAAUCCAGUUCUUUGCAAGCAGAUGGGAUGGUUGAAAUUGCCUAACGUACAGUGCGUCAUCUAACUGUUAUUUCUUUACAUUUCACCCUCUGUACAUGGGAACUAGCUCGUAAAAUAACUUGACGUGUAAAUACCAUGUUAGAAUAAGCUGUACAGUGGUUUGCCAUUGUUUACAUAAAGUUACGUAGCUCUUUUUUGCCAAUAUAUUGCUGUACCAUAGUUUUGAUUAAUGAAAGAUGUCUAAUGUACCUCUAUAGUUUGUACGGACCUGUUUACCCUGUAAGCCAUAUAGUUACAAUGUACACGAUGCCACAGUUCGGACCAGAUAUUGCACUUGAGCCCAGUAGGAAGUCGGGAAGAUUCCUCCACAGCGGCGUACGUUACCACGUGGUGUUUGCCAACCAAGAUGAUGUCCAAUCGUUUGUCAUCCAUCCAACCUUUAACUUAGAAAUGGUCGUAUCUCUGUUAUCCAUUUGGAAGAGAACGAUUUAAACUCUACUCUUCCACCACCCAUUUAAUAAAAAGUCGUUUCAUCCCAACUCUGCAUUUUA